AGAGGAUCACAAGGAUGAGCCGAAAGAAUGUGUUGCUCGAUUGAGAGAGCGUUCUACAGCGGGAGAAACAAGGCCGCAUAGGACAGCGGAUGUGUUGUGUACAUGUAGGCUAUUUGUGCAAUAGUAACGCAAUAAUGUGCAACACUUAUUGUGCGACAUUUGUCCAUAUUCCUGCAGAUCGUUGCUCCAUUUUGGACCGGAUAGCACGUUUGUUUUAAUGACAUCGAUCUACCUCAUUCUUUGAUUUGAAAAAUAAUAGUGAGGUCAGCAUAGAAUGACUCAACGCUAGAGAUGCAUGCAGUCAUAUCUCCGUUCGAUUGCACACUGUGGGUCGCGUGGACCCGGGGACAGUUGCUGCACUGGUGGUCACCGCAGAAACAUGGCAAUCACAGGUGUCUCCCAUGAAUGAACGAGGCCAGUGGACAUCCAGACAUCUCUAUCAGCAACGGCAACCUCUCAAUACAGCAGGAAGAGAAGUUCAAGGGGAGAAGGAGAAGAUUGGGUUUUGUCUACGUCCAAUCCAACUCCUUGGUUUUUGGUUGCAUAUGUGGUUUGGUGAUUUCCGUUAAAAUAUGCACCCCCCUCUCCUAGGGUGUGUGCUGUGAACUUUCUAUUCCCUGUAUCUUCAGAUAAGGCCAGUGGAAGAGGGCCACUUUGGGACAUACGUUGAUUGGUGGUCUGUGUGGUUGGGGGACUGUUAUGCACCUAGUACCCCAUAGUCCCCCCACCUCGCCCCGUUAUUCAUGCCAACCAUGAGUUUACCCAACAGUAAGAGAACAGGCAAGCGCAUCUCUUUUUUUAACGACCAAGGAGUGGCGAUGAAGGAGACGUCUUCUCAGCAGAAUCCAGAAGGUUCUUGCUACGGCCUUGGUGCCCCAGCGUCAGAUCCUGGUCCUGGCCAGAGUAAGGCUGUAGGCACCGUCACCUCCACAACCUCCAACCCAGAGGCUCCACAUACUGGUAUGUACCUCAACUCAGUGAUCUUCAGUCCAGAGAAAGGAGACCAGAGUCGGGGACAUUACCAACAGACUGUACCCAUGAAGUGGGCACACCAGGACCCAGAAGCUCAACCACAGCCUCAACAGAGAACUGGGACUGAGACUGGGAACUGGACACAGGGUGUCACUAUGGCUAACUGGGGUCAGAACUUUGCUCCGUACCUAGGGGGCGUCAACGUCAGUGACUCACGGUCCCAGACCCAGACUGCCUUUUCCAAGCAGCAGAUCCUUGAGGGGCCUCCACCCCUGCAGCCACAGCAGCCACAGUCUCCUAGUAGGGCUGCAGAGAAGCAGCCUCCCCAGCCGCAGCAGGUGGUUAACCCCCUGCCUGCUGGAGGAGAGGCCUACAGAGACGUUAGAGACGUGGCCAAGCCUCACAGCCUAGAGUGGGAGCAGCAGCAUCAGGCUUCCCAACAGCAACAGCAGUCCCAGACUCAGGCAUUCCCACAGACCCUUAAGCCUGGGGCUCUAAAUGCCCAGCAGCACAGCACAUCCAACCCUGGGAGCAGCUCCGUGCUUCAGCCCUUCCAGCUAGCCUUCGGCCAGCCUAAGCAACACCUAACGGCUGGCUACUACCAGGUGUUUCAGGGGGGCAAUAGGACUUUACCUAAUCUGAACUACAAUACCCAACAACCCAAACCCCAACCACAACCACAGACCCAACAGCAUCCACAGCUCCAGCAGAAGCUGCAACAGACCCAACAGCAUCCACAGCUCCAGCAGCAGCUGCAACAGACCCAACAGCAUCCACAGCUCCAGCAGCAGCUGCAACAGACCCAACAGCAUCCACAGCUCCAGCAGCAGCUGCAACAGACCCAACAGCAUCCACAGCUCCAGCAGCAGCUGCAACAGACCCAACAGCAUCCACAGCUCCAGCAGCAGCUACAACAGACCCAACAGCUCCAGCAGCAGCUGCAACAACGACAACAGCAACAGAAACAAAUCUUACAGCAUCAACAACAAAUGCAACAACAACAUCAUAAGAUGCAACAGCAGCAAAUGCUUCAGCAUCAACAGCAACUACAACAACAGCAACAACAACUACACAUACAACAAGAGCAACAGUUAGAACAGCAACAACAAAUACAACAUCAACAGCAAAUACAGCAACAAUUACAGCAGCAGCAACAACAAAUACAACAACAGCAAUUGCAGCAGCAACAACCCCAACAUGUUCUAGAAUACUACCCCAGCAGCCAGAACCCACCUACCCACCAACACCCUCACUCCCAGCCGCCCGUGUUAGUGCCCUCCCAAGAGCCCUGUGCUCAGGCAGUAUCCUCCCCAGACCUCCAGGAGAUGUCCCCAGACCCUCCAAACAUCCCCCCCCAAACAGACUCCCAGCUCCCCCCCACGGAGACCCAGCUCCAACCUCCCCAUAUCCAGCUGCAGCCUCGAAGGUCCAGGAGACUCUCCAAGGAAGGUGGACCACCACCAGUUGACAACCCCUUCCUCAUACCAUCUGAUGGGGCCCAGAAUGGGGCCUCUGAGGAGCCAGGUGGAGCACCGAAGGUGGAUGAAGUCCACGUUGCCCAGAUGGCCCCUACAGGGGUCAUCCAGAGCACACGCAGAAAACGGAGGGUCUCCCAGGAGGUUAACCUGGAGACGCUGGCCCAGAAAGCAUCAGAGAUGGAGUCCCUACCGCCACACAUCGUCAAGGCACAGCACCACAGGCCCUGGAGCCCCCAGAGACCAGCGCCAGGGCGAGGGACCAUGGACAAGGAUUCAGGGGGCCACAGUGCCAAGCGGCCCCGUGAUGAGAGCAUGAUGCCCCUGGUCAUCCCUGUGUCAGUCCCCGUACGAAGGCCAGACCCGUCCUCGUCCUCAUCCUCCCCAGAUGGGGAGCACUCUACCCUGGGGACAGGCUGGCCACAGAGACCCUUCACCCUCCAGGACGUGACCAGUAUGGAUGGCAAACCCUCUGUCAUUGUCACCCGCAGGCGAUCUCUCAGGAACUCUCUGUCAGAGAGCUCAGGACAGAACGGUGGAAUGGAGGCAGGGAACGACAACGACGGCAAGAAGCCCAAACGCCGUCCCCGGCCCGAACCCCUCUUCAUCCCGCCUCCCAAGCCUGGCACCUUCAUCGCCCCUCCUGUCUACUCCUGCAUCACUCCCUACCAGAGCCACCUCCGCUCCCCUGUCCGGCUAAUAGACAACCCCCUGACCAUGCCGCCCUACACCCCCCCGCCCAUCCUCAGCCCGGUGAGAGAGGGAUCAGGUCUCUACUUUUCUACCUUCCUCUCAUCUGCUGCAUCCAGCCAGGGUCUGCCUCCAGCCAGGGUCUGCCUCCAGCCAGGGUCUGCCUCCACCCAGGGUCUGCCUCCACCCAUCACGCCCAAAUCAGCCACACGCAGCCUGCUGCGAUCCAACAGCGUUGACAUAACCCCACCUCUGCUCUCAACGAUCGGUGAGGCCACUCCAGUCAGCAUAGAACCGCGUAUAAACAUCGGUGUGAGGUACCAGGCAGAGGUACCAGAGCUGAGGCAGCGUUCAGCGGCCCAACAAGACCAUCCCAAGGCUGAGCUGGUCUGGGCUCCUCUCCACAACCUGGAGGCUAAACCUGAAGACCAGGAGAGAGUGGAUGACCUCAUGAACCUGGCGUGCUCAAGCGCUCUGCAUGGCGGAGGGACCAAUCAGGAGCUGGCUCUGCACUGCCUGUACGAGUGCAAGGGUGACAUCAUGGAAGCGUUGGCCCUCCUGCUAUUGAAAAACCCCAUCUUCCCAAAGAACCACCGUCUAGGAUACUACCACUACUCCGGGUCAGACAGCUGGACCCCAGUAGAGAGAAGUUGCUUUAACAAAGGGAUCGCUGCCUAUAAGAAAGACUUCUUCAUGGUCCAGAAACUGGUAAGCACUAAGACGGUGGCUCAGUGUGUGGAGUUCUACUACAGCUAUAAGAGGCAGGUGAAGACGGGUCGGAACGGAGCUCUAAUCUACGGAGACAUGGACCCACCUGAGAGCAGGAACACUGAGGAGGAGCUGGACCACAAGAGCUCUCAGAGAUUAGAAUUUCAGAAGGAAGAGGAAGACAACAGGAAUUGGGAGGGGUCAGUUGACAGGAAGCACCGGGGCUCCAGUCCAAGCAGGGUGACACAGACGUUACAGGCCACAGAGAACGCUGGAGCAGUCCUGGUGCUGAAGACACAGGAGGAUGUGAGGAGAGACCAGAUGUCUUCCCGGGUCAGUCACCCCCCUCAGCCCUCUCCCAGCGCCCCCUCGAAACCACGGCCGCCUCCCAAGACCGGGACCAUAUCAGGGACCAAGGGCCCCGCCGGACCAGAGGGAGAGUUCCCCUGCAAGAAGUGUGGCAGGAUCUUCUACAAGGUGAAGAGCCGCAGUGCCCACAUGAAGAGUCACGCGGAGCAGGAGAAGAAGGCCGCAGCGCUGAGGCAGAAGGAGGCGGAGGAGAGGGCAGCGGCCCAGGCGGCAGCAGAGGCUGCAGCGUUACUGGCCGCCCGGCAGGACGGGGAACGGGAGGGGAACACAGCCGGAGGAGACAGCACAAACGAUGACUCGUCUGAGGAAGAUGAUGAUGAAGAGGAAGAUGAGGACUGGCACUAAGACCAUAGAGAUAGAAAACGAGCCCACCCCACCUGUCUUUGCCAUUAUGGCAAGUGUACGCUCAAUCUAUCUGGCUUAGACAGACAGACAGACAGACAGCCCUCUCCACGGUCAGGGUGAGCGGUAACAAACAGAACAGAGCAGAACUCUGAGGCCUCAGAACCCUAGCGCCCUCGAGUGUUCAGCUACGGCUCCUAACACUCAAGGGACAUUUUACGCCCUCUUGUUACGCCCUCUUGUUACGCCCCCCUUUUACGCCCUCUAGUUACGCCCUCUUGUUACGCCCUCUUGUUACGCCCUCUUGUUACGCCCUCUAGUUACGCCCUCUUGUUACGCCCCCCUUUUACGCCCUCUUGUUACGCCCCCCUUUUACGCCCUCUUGUUACUCCCUCUUGUUACGCCCUCUUGUUACGCCCUCUAGUUACGCCCUCUUGUUACUCCCUCUUGUUACGCCCUCUUGUUACGCCCUCUAGUUACGCCCUCUUGUUACUCCCUCUUGUUACUCCCUCUUGUUACGCCUGCUUUAGCAGCGUUUCUCUCUGGGAAAAAACUGUCUUUAUAAACAAACUGCUUUUUUUAUUGUUUCAUGGAACAGGAUCUCCUAUCUUGACACUUUCAGGGACAAGUUCUCUCACGUGUUUUCUCCCUCUUCCCUUUAACCUGCUUGUGAAGUGUUCAGGGGUUAACUCUCUCUCAGGCACACAGUAGGGUAGGAAAGAAAGCCAUGCCAUCUCUCUCUCUAACACCAAUACUUUUCUUUCUCCUGUCUGCCAUCCACCCCUGGCUUCUUCCUCUUCCUGUCAGCACUUUCAGCCAAUCACAACACAGCACACAGACUCAUCAGGUGGGAACUAUAUAGCCACGCCCUCAACCCAGCCUUUAAAAACUAGAAUAGUUUGUGAUGCCUGGCAAUGCAAGACUACAUGAACCACAAUGCAACCUGGCUUGGCCACUGCUUUCUCUACUCUCUGAUCCUCAGUUUGAUAUGUUAUUAUGAAUAGAAGGACACCAUAUGAGUGAUUGGGACCAUGCAAUAUUGAAGUUGAAAGGACUUCCAGGUCAUGAAAAGCCCAGAUAGACUGAUGUGGUGGUAACACCAAAGAUGGUGGAUAAAUGAAGAUUUCCUACUCAGGCAGUUUACCAUUGAAAAAAAUGGUCAGUUCCAGUCUGCUUAAGGGGGUGGCUCUCCCAUAGGCACCAAUGCAUUAGUAGCUGGGUCUGAUCCGCUUCGUUCAUUGACUGUACAUGAACCAGAAAAAGUGGGAUGUCUCACUUCUUCCGUCUCUCGUAACACUGCCUGUGUGGAGGCUUACCUAUAUGUGAAGGAAGGAACCGUUUAGAGAACAGAACACACAUUGUUGUGCGAGUUUCUACAUUUUUCCUGUUUGGGACUUUUUCACUCACUCAAGGCUGUCAAAAGCUUGCACAGAUGCGUCGGUCCUCAGUUCACCGAACUGGUUUCAUCUUAGUUUCAAGUGCUGUUCUCAGUUGGAUCCCUACCCUGAUCACU